CGAAGUCGCGGGAAUGCAUCACGUUUGAUCACGUUGCAUCUGGUUCUCUGUUGCAAUAUAUGAUUAUAAACUAUUGAAAAUAACAGAGGUUAUAACAACCUGAGAGAUGGCUGAUGAAGUUAUGUGGAAGAGGCCUAGAGCGAAUGAUGAUGAGGAGGAGCUUCUGCGCCAGCAGGAAGAAUUCCUGAAGGCAAAGCAACCACCGUCCGUGAAGAUAACAAAUCUAAAAGAUUCUACCAAUGCUUCAGGUGCUUCAAAAUCGCGAUUUUCAAAUCUGAGGCAGUCUAAGGUGAAACAAGAUGUAGUGUCCACUUCACAAGGCAAUGGAGAGAUGAUAAAUCCGAUCAUAAAAGACAAGAUUCAGGAUACAAAAGGAAAAUUGCAGGACAUGGUGCAAAAUAUACCUGCAGUAUCGUCGAAUAUAAUACUUGGCAAUAUCAUGGAGAAGAAAUUUAAUAUCAAGGAAUAUGAGUUUAACGACAAUCGCAUUCCUAUAGCAGUUGAGCUCCCUGAGAUUUAUGGAUCUGAUGACAUGUCACUUAUGAACAAGAGCGAUAGUAAGCAGAGUUUAUUCUCGCAGAAAGUUCUUUCAGAAAAAUUAAAAUCUGUGAGAGACAAUUGGAUGAAGAUUCAUAUGGGCGAAUCUUCCCACUGCAAUAAGGAAGAAAACAUUGUAACAAAGUAUAAUUUAUUUCAAAUUUACAAAGAAAAUUCGCUAAAACUAGCACAAAUGAGCGAAGCAGAAAUAUUAAAGGAAAAAAGAAAGCUUGAGGAGACUCUUGAUCCUAAGAUAAUACAGUUUUUAAGAAACAAGAAAAAUAAAUUCAUGGAAAAGCCAAUUGAACAGAAUAGGCAACUUGAUGCUUCAGUUGUGAACAAAACUGCAGUGAUUACAGAAGUAUCCAGUGAUAAAAAGGUAAGGCUUUCAUCAAAUGAUAAUGAAGAAAUGGACUGUGAGACUGAUAUAAUAAGUACUUCAAACGCAAAAGAGACAACAAUGAAUACAGAAAUAUCUAGUAACAAAAAGAUAAAGUUAUCUUCGGAUAAUGUAAAUACAAAAAUGGAUUGCGAGGAUGACACUUGGAGAAUACCAGACUCCUCCAAAGAAAUAUUUAAAGAAAGUAAACAGAAAGGAUGGCUUCAUAUGAACACUCCUGAACCAGAAAAGUUGAAGUGGAUGGAAAACUUAUCGGAAAAGGAGAAAGACGAGGUCUUACCAGACAAAGAAUACAAUGCGAGAUUUGAUUUUAACGGUCUUUUAUUACCAUACAAGGAUGAGAGUUUAACUGUAGACAAAGGCCUCUAUCAUCACGGAGAGGAACCCGAACGUCCCGGAUACUCCUUUCAAGAAUUGCUGCAAUUGAGCAGGUCUUCCAAUCAACAGCAACGAUGUACAGCCCUUACCACCCUGGCCAAUAUCAUGGAGAAAACGCGCAAGGGUUGGUAUGAUAAGGCCUUGCAUCCAGCACCACUGACUGCAUUCAGUCAAAAGAAUAUCCUGCUGUUGCUGAGGUUCUCACUGGAUGACUCGUCGGUAGCCGUGGUCACGGCGGCUCUGCAAGCUCUCAAAGCUUUCCUGGUUAGUGAGGCGGAUGAGGUAUGCUUGGACAGACUGCACGGAUUCGAAGGAUACAUAGAACCCACCCUGACACCUCAACUUGAAGACAACGAUACAAGUAGUUUGAAGGAUCACGAGCUGGCGCAAUUGGAUGCCGUGGCUGCGUUACUAAGAUCGGAUUUCUUAUUGAGAAUUAGAUACAUUUUAAGUGCGAUGCAUCCACCACCUGUUGGAGUAAAGUGUGCUUUAGAAAUACUUAUCCGUCUUGCGAGACAUUCACAUAUAACAGCAUUGAAUGUCUCGUCUACGCCAUAUUUAUUAGACAGUAUCAUACAAAAUUUUAUACCGUUGUCUACAGACCGACUAGAGCCUGGAAUUUUUACAGCGAUGCAGGAUGAGAUAAAUAAUGUUUACGGGAUUCCUGUAGUUACAGCGAUUAAAUUAUGUCGCAUUCUCGUCACGUACGGCAAGAAGCCCAUCGCACAAAAAUUAGAUAACUUUAAAAUUAUCCAAGCCAUUCUAAUGUACAUUAGCAGUGAGACAGAUAGGAAAGAUCACAUAAAUCUCAGCAUUGAGAGUCUGCGACUCUGGCGAAUGCUACUGCAUUACAAAGUAGGUCUGGACAGUGUCACGGGUGCCCAGUUAACUCUCAUAUCACAAUUACAGCUGUUAUUAAGUAAUCAUGAUAUUCAAAAUACGUCCGAGUUGGCGUGCGAGCACGCCGCGGCAUUGAUUGCUGUAGCAAGUCACGAAAAAAUAUUAAAACCAAACAUUUCUACAUUGCUAAUGAAGUGGAGUACGCAGUUUUCGUCAGUGUCUAAUCCAACGUGGGGUGUUAUGAAAUUAAUUGCGGAAAGUUUAUCGGCUGUUGACGAGAUAUCGUCAUUUAAAACAACAUGGCUAUCCAACCAGCACGUUUUCUUAACUCUUCGUUCCAGUUCAAACUUAUUGAGUAACUAUAACGCGGCUACGGAUCGGGAACCGUCCUGUCUUCCAAACUUGGAUGUUCUCACAGAGAACGGAGAGUUACAACCGAUUGUAUCAGUGAAUUCGUGCAUACCGUUCUUAGCGACAAUAUUCAAUACACUUUACAAUAAUUCUCGCGUAGCAGAAAUUCGUUUGAUACUUAAACACCCAUCCUUCCUCAAAUAUAUAGAAGAUUUGGAAAAGACCGAGUGGACUUUAGAAAGAUCGUGGUUUAGCAGAACGGAGUUAUAUCUUUUGACAACAGUAGUACAAGCAGUAUCCCUCCUUGGAGACACAAUCAACAAUCGAACAGCUCAAAUUGUGUGGAAGAUCACCAUCAAACUCAUCUCGACGUUACCUGCAGACGCCACGGAUCACGUGAGGAAGCUCUUUCAAAUUGCGUUCUCGAAUGAAAAAGUAAAUUUGGAGAUAAUCACCAACGAAUUAGCCAAAUUAGACCUGAUGUCCACGGUAGAUCAGGUCAAGACAAGCUUGCGUUCCGACGCAACGUCGUUGUACGAGAGAUAUAUCGCGGCGAACGGUGAUUGGAACCAAGCAGCAAUGCCGAAGGACUGGCUCUUCUUACCGCUAGUUCACAUAUAUACAAAAUCCAAAAACGAUAUAAAGUUGCAGUCGGAGGAUAAGGAUAGCGUUUUGACAGUGCUAAGCCUAGCAUUAGUCUUGCCUGAUCUCAUGGAGAAGCUAUCGCCUACUUUGAGAUUUAGCAGACUGAUAUUGGUGUUCCUGUGUGACACCAUCUACCUGGACAGCGAUGUGGCCAUGCUGUUGCUGAAUGUCCUGUCGAAUCUGCUGAGAAGAUAUCACGCGCGAUUGAACUUUCGAACGGAGCUACCAGGGUUGAGUUCCUUCACUGAUAUGUUCACGGCAUUGUGCGAGCAUUUCUAUUCGAACUCAUACGGCGAUGACGGUUUCGCCAUGAUAUUGCUAGUGCCAGUGGCGCAACGACAUGAUCCACACUACCGGAAACUUCUGUGGUCAGAACACGCGGCCGCGUUGCGAUACCUGAAACUGUCGCCGGAGAAGCUGGUGUUGCCGUUAAAGGAAUAUCUCUAUCCGGAGGAGGAAGAUACGUCGCUUAUAGAAAGUUACAUCACGGCGCUAGUUCGCGGUGUGGUCAAAAAGACAUGGUGUCCAAUCCCCUUCACGAUCGCGAUACAUCACUCGGCGAUGUAUAUGAAGCGCACGAACGGGCUGGCGGUGCGAAUGCGUACGCAAGUGAAGAAGUUGAGGAACAGAGAUAUCGCGGACGCAUUACUGCACUACGUGCCACCGCAAUUAUGAAUGUAAAAUAACAAAACAGAUACGACAUGUGAUUUUUUUGUAUUUAUUGUAUGUAAAUAAUGUAUAUAUAUUUCUUUUAGAAAGAUUUCAUACCAGAGUGAUCUUUAAUUAUACACAAAUGGAUUUUGGACUAAGACUGCCGUUCUAUGGCACCAAUUUUUUGCGUAAUUAAUCAGAGGCGUUAUGCAAAGACGCAACUAAAAACAUGGAACGCCUCUGAUUAAUCGAUCGAAUACGUAUUAUGUUAAAAAUCUGAUUUUAAGCGCCGUAGAACAGUACUUUAAGAAAUCGCAGAAAAUUCCGAACAUUGCAUCUCGGAUAAAAUUUAAUUUAUUAUAAAUUCCUUUUCACCGCCUACAUUAGAAUGAAUAAAACUAUCAUCGCAGUACGACAAAAAUACGCGUGUGUAUGAAUAUAUACAUGCACGCGUUUCAAGCCACAAACUUUGAAAAUAACAUUUAAUCCGUGUUCGCAUAGAUGACAUUUUUUCCCUGUUCUAAAUAUACUCUCUGAAGUUUUAACAUAUAAUCAAGAAUCACCCUACAUGCAAUACACUUAUACAACUUGUAAAGAUAACUUUGUUAAUCCAUUAAACGAGUAGAGAAAGUAGAAACGAUCUGCAUAAUUACAGUAAGCGUAAAGGCGUUAAUUGGUCACUUCGCUGAUUGCCAAAGUUUUCAAGUAUUAAGAUACUUCAAGCUCCUAUUGUAGCUCUGAGGACGCUUUUAAAAUUAACGUACACAAUAACGCACACAUCAAGAGAUGAGUUUUAUAAUAAUCCUUUAUCUUUCGAAAAGUGCAAAGAUAAAAAAGAAAAAUAAGCAAGAAUUAUUGUAAAUAAAAAAUAACAUCGAAGCGAACAAUAUGCGUAAAAGUGCAUCGUACACUUUGAUCGCGAAAGCUGACGUCGCAUCACUGACACGAGUAGGACUUCUGUCGAUGUUUUCAAUUAUAAAAAAAUGCCAUUCUCUUCCUCACCAUAGCAUAUUGCCUUGCGAUUGAUUCGUAUUCACAAUUAACUAUUAAUCAAAAAUCAAUAACGUGUAUGUUCGAUACGUGGUACGUAUCGAAGUACGUAUAUACAUAUGUCGAUAUGUAAAUACCUACACUAUUAUCAAUGUGUGUUCAUGUUAGAGUUCAUUUUCCUAUCGUAUAUUAAUUCCUGCGGCAAUCCUUGGCCAGAGAAAACAAUUACAAUUAAUUAUAUCUCCCAACAUUAGAUAUUUAUGAUUUAUUUUGCAUCGAAAAAUUAGCGUAUGUAUAGAUAUUACUGGUUGUGCAAUUAAUACUAUAUUAACGCAUAAUAGCUCUGGAAUUUCUAAA